AAGCAGAAAGAAUCAAGCAGAAGAAUAUCUCAAGGAUACUACAGAACCUACUACUGAGCUAGUUUCCACAGAUGUUUCGAAGACACAGCCUCUUACUCCGCAAACACAGCACCUUCAGACAAGUGAGGGAGAUCAAUCCGAUGAGACACCAUCAGAGCAGAAUCAAGCAGAAGAAAAUCUCAAGGAUACUACAGAACCUACUACUGAGCUAGUUUCCACAGAUGUUUCGAAGAUGCCGCCUAUUACUCAGCAAACAGAGCAUCUUCAGACAAGUGCUAUAGAUUUUUCAGAAACAAACGAGGUUGAAGUAAGCAGGCUUCUAGCUCACUUUCAAAUAGGCGCAGAGGUUGAGAUUUUGUCUACUGAUGACGAAAUAUGGUAUCCAGGAAAGGUUGUUGAUCUUAAACUGUGUGAAGGACUAGAGGAGCUGACAGUUGAGUACACGACACUCUUCACAGACCAACAUAGACUUCAGAAACUUCAGGAUACUAUCACGGCUGACAAAAUACGUCCUGCAACACCAACUAGUGACCAAAAAUCCUUUGAGAUGAUGGAUAAGGUAGAAGCCUUCUACAACAAUGGCUGGAGCAGCGGACAAAUUAGCAUGGUACUUGGUGAUAACACAUACUCGGUGUGUCUCUAUACUUCUAUGGAAACUAUUCUAUUCAAACAUUCAGAUUUGCGAAUUCAUAGAGAAUGGAAAGAUGGAGUCUGGAAGAUGGCAGAUAAGGUGAAGCCUGAUAAGAAAAGGAAAGCUGCUGCCUCAUCACAAAAUUCAGGAAUGGAUAAUGUUUUCCUAAGAAGGAGCGAGAGGGUGCCUAAACGAUCUAGAGACACAAAAACUCCAUUCAAGUCUGACAGAAAUCCGGCUUUAACUGUAAUACCUGAGAUUAUACCUGCAGUUGAUCCGUUUUCAACUCCUGCGGAACAUAAGCUUUCAAGGCUUCAAAAUUGGAUGACAUUAAAGCCCGGCAUGCAUGAAACGUCCCUAUCAAUCAAUGAUAAUAAGAUAAGGAAAUCUUUCUUUCAAAGCAUGGAAAAUGCAAAAAAGGACCUUAAGAAAGAGCACAUUGAUGGAGCCUUUGCAAUGCUAAAUUGCAGAAGAAAUGAGAAUGCUGCUUGGUUCCACAACUACAAGAUUCCAAAGGCGUGCUUCCUACCUAUGGAGUUCUUGCAUUGCUUGCUCUCUGAUGAUUUGGCUUACAAGAAAGAAAAGGUCAAAGGUAAAAAGAUUUUCAACGAUUUAUUUAAAGAUACUGUGAGAGGGAAGGUAUAUCCAGAGAAGACAUGGGGAGAAGAUGUUGAUGUUGUGUAUGGGAUUACUCUUGGAAAAAAAAGCAAUGUCUGGAUUGGGAUGGAAAUUCAUUUGAAGAAGAAAAGAAUCACAGUAUAUGAUUGUUUUCAAAAGGAAAGCAACAGCAUUGAUAUUCCUCAAGUGAAAAAGUUGGCAGUGUUGAUUUCUAAUCUGCUGGUGGAAUCUUCUGGUGAUGAGGUAGAUAAGGUGAAGAUGAUUCCAUUUGAGAUUGAGCAGGCACAAGGUUUACCCAAGACAAAACAUCCUUUCAACUGUGGGAUAUUUCUUGUCAAGAUUCUGGAGUGCCAGUCAUUGAAGAUAGGAGACAUGACAAAGAUUAAUGAUGACAAUGCAUUGGAGCUAAGGAGAACCUUGUCUUGUGAGAUCUUCAACCAAUUUGUGGAUGAGAGCUUUGGGAAAUGAGAAUGAUGCAUGAAAACAUUUUUUGUUUUAGUUAAGACUCGGUUUUAGUUAUGACUGUUUAUUUUGUUAUGUUGUUGGCGUCUGGUUACAUAAGAAAGAUUGGAAGGAUAUCAAGUAUUUUAUUUGGGUAUCA